GGAAACCAAUUAAAACCUUAUGGCAGGUAAGUCUCGGUUCUUUUGCGCUCGUUUUUGAUUUUUUGCAGAUUCGAAUCUAGGAGUGUCAUGAUUACCUUUACAAGGGAAAGCAGUUUCACCUAAUAUAAAUGCGUUGAUUUAUUUUGAUUUAUUCUAUUUCAUACCGCAGUCCAAUUUAAUGAGAGAAGUAUGGCAAAAACGUUCGAUUGUAAAUAUUAUCGAUGGCCACAAAGAGUUCCUUGAUUCAGUUGAUCGAAUCGCAUCACCGUCAUUUAAACCCACGCAGCAGGACCUUCUGCUUGCACGUGUAAAAACUACCCAAGUUAAUAUGGAACGAUAUCGGAUUGACGGAAUCGAUUUUGAGAUGUAUGAUGUAGGAGGUCAACGAUCAGAAAGACGUAAAUGGAUUGACUGCUUCGACUCUGUGGAUGCUGUUAUAUUCGUUGCUGCUCUGUCAGAGUACGAUCAGAAUCUUGCCGAAUCGAAGAGAACGAAUAGAAUGGUUGAAGCGCUGGAACUUUUCCGUUCAAUCUGCAACAAUAGAGCAUUUGCCAACACAUCUGUGCUGCUGUUCCUUAACAAGAGGGAUAUAUUCGAAGAAAAACUUCAGUACAGUGAUAUUGCUGCACAAAAGCCUUUUGCAGAUUAUGCUGGCCCUCCGAACGAUUUCAACAACGGCGUAAUUUAUUUCAUUGAAAAGUUCAAGGAGUGCUUGAUCAAUGAUGAAAUGACUGAUUCGUUUAUUCAAGCGUGCACUGCUACCGAUACUACCAACAGUAAGUAUCGAUAACAUUAGUGUAUCUUUCGGAUCUUUGACACUCCUCCUGUCAGACACUAAUUCCCUAUUGUUUCUUCCAUUUCGAUUGACUUUCAGUGGAAUUCGUGCUAGACUCAACGCGAACAAUCAUCAUGACUGAUAACUUGCGUAGAUCGGGUUUCCUUGGCGCAGGGUAAAAUGAUGUCCAUGAGUCUAGAGAAACAAAUAAUCGCGGUAUGAUUAGCACUGGACGCAAAUGAAAAACUGGUUAGUUCUGUACGUUAGGGCUAAGCCCUUGGACACGCCAUACCCUGCCAGUCUCUGAACAUGCCAACGCACUCCUUGAUGGGUUUUUGUAACCCACAAGUGAGUAUAUUGUAGUAAUAGAUGGAGUAGCUUUUCAGUGUCUAGUAGCUUAAGUUCGUUUCCGAAGUGGAAUCAGAAUAGACAUGAACAUGAAUC